AUGUAUAUGUAUACCCUACUGGCUCACUUUCAGUGCAUUGCUGGUACAUCUCCAGAUAAUUGGGGUAUCAGCAACUCUCGUCUUUGCUCAGCUCUUCUUACCAUACAUUCUCAACAGGUACGUUGUACAAAUGGGCUUAUUGGGGCGUGGAUAGCGGCCACUCCACUUGUCACAGAUGAAUUGGGAUAUUAUUGCCCUUUCGUGGACAUUUGCCAGUCGCUCAGUGGCGUGUCUGUUCUUUGCGUGCUUGUCGCAGCCUAUGCGUGCAUAGUUGUGACCCGACUUGUCAGUGUUUCCAAGCAAUUCCUCCCCAAACACAGCCCUCCUCGGCAGUCCCACCAUACGAAUAGCACAACCUUCUCUGUAUGUAGGCAGCAUUUAGACUCCGGCCUGGCCUGCCAAUUUCUGCCCGUCCCCAACCAUUGCCUCCUUCAGACCGAGUUAGCAUAA